CGAAUUUCUUUAGGGCCAUGCGUGGACGUUCACAAAGCAUGCCAGCAUUGGAAGAAAGAAGGACGAUGUGUGUGGCCAACAAAAAUUACUAGUUACUUUUUGGACAACUGUCCGGUAACAUGUGGACAGUGUAGGUAUGACUCAAAAACUGUGCCGCACGGUCCUCCGCUGCCACCGUUCCUUGAACCAUUCACGGAUCUAGUCGGUAAAUGGGUUCCGCAGAAGUACCUCAGAAAUCAUUUCGCGAUCGACCUCUCCAGCGAAAAACACUAUAAAGAGGAAUACAUCAAGUUCGAAAUCAAUGACAUGCCGCUUUUCGACCAUCCGUCUUUGAACUAUACGUCGAAAGCGAUAAGCGAAGAUGACACGUUGGAAGAGUACGGCUUUCUGACCCUCAGCGAGCCGAAAAAGCCCCAUCGAAGCGUCGGCCUGAUUUUCAUUACUAAUACAGGUCUGUCCGUCAUGCAGGAAGGCUACAUUGACGGAGGCUUAAUAAAACUGACGACGGUUUACAACGUGCAAUAUGAGCCGUCGGCGGCCAGAUCGAAGUACCUGACAGGCAACAGAACGCUCCAGUGGUCUAACGGCGUUUUGAUGCACACGUACAACGACGACAAAGGAUACCAAUACAACCAGGUGUAUACGAGGUCUACGAAAAGAUGA